GAAAUGAACUGAUAGAGAAACAGUGAGAAUGAGAAACAGUAAUGGAGAUGAUAGCCUUUGCUUCUACAAGAUUUUGUUUGAUCCUGAAAUUGAAGAAUUGAGAAUCCCAUCAGAUUUUGUGAAGCAUGUAACAAAAGAAGCAACAGAAAUAACAUUUUUGGUAGGGCCUUGCGGCAAGUAUUGGAACAUAGAACUAAAAUUGAAUAAAGGUGGGAUGUUCAUGCAUGGUGGCUGGAAGAAUUUUAGGAUGGAGCAGCAUUUUGAAGGGGGUGAGCUCCUGGUUUUCAAUUAUGAUGGAAAGAUGACAUUUCAUGUACGCAUUUUCGACAAGAAUGGACUCGAGAGAUAAUUGAUAUUAUUCAAAUUGUAGUGAAGAGAGAGUUGUUGUAUGAAUAUUAAAGGUCAAAGGAGUUAAGUGGUAUUUGUUUGUUAAAUUAUAUUAAUUAUCAUAGUAAAAUGUUGAAGUGAGGUGAAAAUCUACAUUGAAGACUGCUUCUUAUCUAAA